AUGAUGGGAAAACGCCUCCGCACUCAAGACGCACAGUUCAACACCCAUGAGGCCCUGUAUGCCAACAUCGCCCCAGGCCAGCAGGUACAGAUUGUGGAAAAUGUGACUGAGUAUCCAACAUCCCUGAUACAGCAAAAGCUGGGAGAUGAUUUUGAAUUGAAAUCAGUGAAAAUCGACCCCAGGAUUUUCGGGGUUCCUUGCUGUAGGGCAAGGCUCUACGCAAUUGCUUGGAGGAAGGACAUGCUGCAAUGGACAGAUCAUUUUAGCUUGGAGGAUUUCUUGGAUUGCCUCACCUCCCAAGUUGCACUGGAUGCCUUGGAGUACUGGUGGAUGGAUCUUCCAACAAGCCAGCUGACUCCCGGGGAAGAAGGUCCCCAACAGCAGCGAGCAGCCAAGGACGAAGCAAGUUGCCAGACCUUGUCGCUGAGCUUCCUGGCCAUCACGCUAGAAGCUCCAAUUGAAGGUCUGCCCGUGCUGACCGAUUGGAUCAGAACAUGUUCUGAUGUGUGGCUCAAUGGAUUUGAGUCAUGGCGUGAGCCGAUUGAAGUUCGAUUGGGGCCGGAUGGAAAGUUGGGGGAGGAGCUCAAGCCAGCCAUGCUGAUUCCGACCAAGGGACGUGGCAGGGCAAGCAUGAUCCUUUUUGGAGUUCUUUACACCUACGUGAAGCUCUGUGACACCCUCUCAGAUGCUGAGCAGAAUGACUUCUUGAGAUUCAUGGACACCGUGAAGGACAUCCAGGUGGUCCUCAUGCCAGUUGGAGUCUGCAAUGAUGCAUGGACCACCAUUGAGAAGCACCUGCAUUACUACCGAUUUGCUGAAUCAGAUCACAAUGGCGAGCACAUGUUCAUGGACGAGACAAUCGCCAAAGUUACCAAGUUGGCGGUGGAUGGGGACUACACAAACGAGUUGAUGGAAGCUGUCACACUACGAGAUCCAAAUUUCCAACCGCAUCACUUGAUGUUUUGGAACGAGAAUGUCACCAUGAAGGCCCCGCCAACAGAAACCAGCUUUGCAACAGUCGACAGUGAGAUCGACAAGCUGGAUAAAAACGCACGAGAAAGUGCGUUCCGCCAAGACUGCCUGAAACUGGCGCGUGAUUGCGCACAGCUUGCUCAACUCUACAAAAUGGAUAGCAAACAUGAGCGAGGUGUGAAGCUCCAAAAAAUCACCCACUUGAAGCAGCAGAAUGCAGUGGGAGCAGACUUUAUCCAGAAGUACAUGCAUCUGAACGCGCGUCAUGUUGCUGGACGAACUGGCGAGCUGGAGAGUGCCUUGGAUGAGUUUCUCAUCCGCUUGGGGAAGCACGAGAGGUUCAAGAAGGGAGGGGUUGUGGUAUGGCUCGACUUGACAAAAUUUGGAAGACUCACCCACAACGAUUUGAAUGAUGCCAUGGACUUGCUCCAAACAGCCCUGGGCCGUUUCCCCAAUCGCUCUUGCGCCUUUGUGAUAUGCCCGCAUUUGAUCUCAGAGAAGGUCCAAUGCGGCCUCCGUGGUGAGAUCAGGUCCCUAUCUGCAUGUCAAGAAAGUGCUCAGUUACUGGGCGGGGAAAUGAUGCCAGAGCAGGUGGUACGACUGGAGAAGAAUUCGGUGGAGACCCAAGGAUGGAAGAAAUGGAAGAUUUCCCUGCCACAAUCCUUUCGCAUCCAUUGGCUGGAUGAUGUGGUCUAUUCUGAAGAAUGGCGCCAGCUGAUUUGUGACUUUGAUUCCAAGCUUCUAGGUUUGGUCUUGCUGGCGCUCCUGCGCCAAGACCGCUACAAUGUUGAAUGCAAGAUCAGUGGAAGGACAUCCGGCACCACAUUGAUUGUGGUGGGCGCCAAGCAGCGGGAUGGCACUGUGCACAGUGCUGUGGAGUCACAAACCUACAAGCUUUUCUUGGCUGCCCAUGUCGAAGUGGAGAUUCCAAUCAGCGAGUUUCAGAUUGGCCAUGGAGGUGGCAAGUGGUUGAAGGCUGAGAAAGUCAUUGCUCUCCAGCGUGAAUGCCAACCAGGUG